AGCGUCUAUGUUUGUAAUGAGGGUCGACGGCGUGCGUACGGGACGAGUAGUGGCGGCCGUGAAUUGCGAUCAUUGUAGAGGCACGUGCGCAUGCGACUCCGUGAGGCUCGCUGGCGGGCCGGCAGCCACAGCGAGUCUGCGGGCCAACCCGGGGAAUCGCGAAUCGCGACGGCGUUAGUGUUGCGCUAACCAUCGUAAGCGAUGGAGGAGGAGCUACGGUGUCCCGUGUGUGCGAGUAUCUUCACAGAGCCUGUGCUCCUGCCCUGUUUACACGCCUUAUGUUUAAAGUGUGCAUGUAGUAUACAGCGAAGCGUGCAGGCACUGCUUGCCGAGCCUGUGGCAGGUCAGCAGGCAGGGCCCCCGGGCCAUGAUCCAGAUCCUCCUGACGGAGGCGCUGACAGUGACAAAGCCUCCGUGUACAGUGAGACUGACAGCGGCGUGGUGGUUGCCUCCCGUCCUACCUCCUACGUCAGCAGCCCGGAAACAACCGUGACAUGUGAGAACAGUGACGGCCAGCAGCAGCAACAGCUGACGGGGCAGCAGCAGCAGCAGGGCGUGAGGUGCCCCGUGUGCCAGAAAGUGUCAGCGCUGGGGCCCGGGGCAGCAGCUGACCUCCCCCGCUACACUGCCAUGACCCGCAUCAUCGCUCGUCAGCGUGGCGACCCGGCACUCUCCGAAGUGCCACCUUCGGCACUACCUCCGUGCGGCGGCGGCGCGCCCACCACCCUCCCCCCGUGUCAGCUGUGCGAGGGCCCGCCCCGCCCCGCCACCACUGAGUGCCACCAGUGUCAGAUCCUCUACUGCGGGCCCUGCCUCACCUCCUGCCACCCCGGGCGGGGGCCCCUGGCCACACACACCCUGGGACCCGUAACUCCCCUUGGGGGCCAGACCAUCCCAGGGGGAUGCGACGUGUGUGCGACCCACGGGGAGCGGCCCACACUCUACUGUUUGGUGUGUAGAUGGUCCGGGUGCCGGGAGUGCGGCCCGGGCCACUCUCAACACGACCUCCAGCCACUGGACAACCUCGCCAAAACACACAAGGUAAGAUUCCCUUAA